UCGUUUUUAAACUCAUCCCGAGUCGCCGGUCAGUCGCGCGUCGGAUCUGAGCAGUUGUAGAUAUCUCGAUAACUUCUAGUAAUUAGUACCAAAUCAGAACAAUCAUGAGCACCAAGGAGAAUAACAGUGAAGUGGCCGUUGAGAAAGUCGGCGAUGAGAAGAAGGGAGAUGCAAAAAGUGACCUAAAAGGAACCAAAAGAGCAGCAGAGGACAAAAUUGCAGAGGCGAAAAAGGCGCGAAAGGAAGAAAAUGGCGGAGGCAAUGAUGAGGAACCACACAGUGAUGAAGAAGACCUAGAAGGAGAGGGAGAAGGUGACGAUGAUGAUGACGAGGAUGUGGAGGGAGAGGAAGGGGAGGAAGACGAAGAGGAAUUAGGGGAGGGGGAAGAUGACGAUCUCGAAGAUGAGGAAGUUGAAGAGGAAUUAUUAGGAGAAGAAGAAGAGGAUGAUGCGUAAUACGCCUCGUGCCUCUUUAUGGACAAUGUCACAGUGAUGUGUUAGUGCUCGUGACGCUAGCCAGGACGGCUUGCCUCGCCUCAACUGCCGCAGAACAAUCUCGCCUCGACCGCCAUCGCGGCAGUUGGGAACACGCGAAGUCGUUCCAGCCUCCCCACACCAAAACGGGUGCAGUCUAUUAUUUAAAUGACAAAAUGUAAUUUUAAUAAUCAAAUCCUACAAUGCAGAUUUUUUGACGUCAAUAAUUUUAAUGUUAAGUUCGAUACCGAAGCCGUAUCUUUAUUGUCUGUCGCUGAGGCGAGUGAUAAAUUAAUGAAUUAAUUAAGACUUAGUAGAAUGCUGUUGAAUUUUGUCAUGAAAUGUACAAAUGUGUUUAUUAUUGGAAGUAAACUUGAUAAGUGAAACCGCAAUUCUGUAUUCCAGGAUAUACCCCGGAAAUCCAAAUAUUAUGGUGAAAUUGUGAUAUUUUUCUGUAUCAACAAAUGGCAUCUACAAAUUAUAUGAUAUCCGUACAUAGAAUUAAGCUUACUUUAUGCUAAUGUAAUACAUAAGACAUGAGUCACAAAGCUCAAUUAUUCGUUUACUUGUUGACGAUGAGAUGCGUGUAUGUAUAUAUUUAGCGUAAGUUAAGCCUUGUGUGUUUUUACUUAAAAAAUAUUACACACAUUCAGCAGAAUUUUAUGAAUCAAUGUUUUUAUUAACCUUAUCAUGAACUCAAAAUGUUGUAGCAGAUCAGAAAUAUAAUUAAAUUAUAUACUUACUUAUAAUAUAUAGAAAAUGACAAUGCAAUAUGUACGAUUUGUACCAUAGUUUGAGUUCUGUUGGGUUCGGAUCACCACAAUUUAUUAGAACUCUGACCGGUGUCUUCUAGACUAACAAUCUAGACCCAAUAUAAGCAAGGAAAACAUCACAAUUUUACCAUUAUCUCGUGAACGGCUUGCGGCGCGCCGCAUCUCUCAGAAAUGACUGAUAACGAGAGUGCGCUACUCGCCGACCCACGAUAACGUAUAACCAACAAGAAACUGUCUGUAUUUUUGUCCAUAUUGUUAACUAGAGUAGAGAAAAGCCUUUCAUUUCGGUAUUCCAGUGUUUCAAGACGGUGUAGAUUACGAGAUUCCUAGGUUAAAGUAAUUUAGUGUGUAGGAUGGUACGUUUUUUAUAAGUGGAGUCGUGGUAUAGUUGCGGGACGGGUCGAGGGGCGCGGGACGCCCGGCGCGUGGCCUCGUUCGAUUUGCCGCGCGUCGGGCCCCCCUCCGCCCCUCGCCCCGCGUCUCGCUCCCUUCACCAAGCUGUGACCACGCGGUCCCCUACAGUGGAAAAUCACUCGUUGCGCGUCCUACAGCGCCGCUCUAACAACGGUCUUUUGUUUCGGUCGGCGUUGGGGAGCCGCAAUGUAUGCUCUUUGUCACAGGGUUCUCAGUGCCGAGUAGCACUAACUUACCUUGGUAGAGGCCCUGUUUCAAACAUGAAUGUUUUCAUAUUUCUCACCGUUUUCUUUCCGUUCAAGUGCGCGGUUUUUCGCCGGAUGGUAACAAGUGAAAUAUUGAUGAGUAUCAGAAACGGUUUCAUCAUCUUUAUUUCCGAUGGCUGCUCACCCCCGAUAAAUGGCGCCAAAAUGUGUUAAUUUUCAUACAGUACGGUAUGAGUCGAUUGUCAAGCCAAAGGGAGCAAAUGUUACGUUACAAAUAAUACCGACAAUUUUUAGAAUGGAAUAAAUAAUCUUAUGAGUAAAAUUCUA